AGGACACAGACAAGGAGAUUUUUAAAGCAGUGGAACCUUUUAAUUCGGUCUUUCGACGACGAUAUCAAAGAGCUGGGCUAGGUACGGAGUAGCUCACCUGCGGCGCUAAAGUUUUUCAGAACAUAUACACGGAAUGCGCCAUCCAUGGUUAGCAGUGCGAGGCAAUACCAAUUAAUUGCUUGAGGGCUUUAUCGUUCAGCAUGGACGAAGGCAACGGCAAAUAUUGCAUUUUGGGACGCAGAGUUGUGCAUUUCUGUUCUGCGUGGUCAGUGGGAUUUCAAAGCGGCAUUUGUACCAUAUCAAAACAGAUAUUGAGAUCAUAUCGGGCCCACCGUGGAUUACGAAGACAGUGCAGAGAGGACGCAUUGAUAAGCACAGUGAGUAGCACAUGGCCUGAUUCAGGAGCUUCACCAUGGCCACUUCACGACGAAGUUCGACUGCGCAAACGCGUUUGGAUGUGCGAUGCGAGACAAGCUGGGGCUGAUUGCACAUGAAACGAGCUUACAGCGGGAUAUUCCAGUCGCAGCGGGGGCGAUCGAUCAUUCAUCGAUGGUGAUUUCGGGCAACGACGACGAGGUGAACCCUGUGCCACAAACUGGAAGCCAAAUUGGGUUGUGCCUGGCGCCGAGGGACUUCAAUGACUGUUACACUCCAGACAUCAAUAAGUGGAGUUCCGAGUUUAUGGAUAAGAACAGCACGUACGGAUUCUUGAAGACGAGGAGCCCCGCAUUGGUGAUGCAUGAGGAGGUGGUUUUGAGCUUGGCCGCGUUCGUGGACGACGUCACGAAGACGCACGUAUGGCUGGGGACACCAACCCCUGUGGAGGCUACUGUUAAGAUCAAUGCUGCGUCGGAAAUGCUGGAGCGAGAACCUGGAGAUGGCGGUUGGCACUUGAACGCUGGGAGGCCCAACCAUCUACUCAGCUUGCAAGGCACAGGUGCAAAGGCCACAACAUGGAAAUUACAAACAAAACAAAGUAAUAUGCGGAUGUUUGGGCCGUAUUUGGCGUCUGAUGGCGCACGCAGUCAUGACCUGUGACUACGGGGCGGGGCUGUAUAUCGAGCUUGGCGACAAGGAUGCGUUCUUUGGAAGGCGAAAGGGCUCAAGAGAACACAAGAGCUGAUGCUCCAGAGCUUAGUGCAGGGAUCGGCCCUCUCGGGGAUUACAACCGUAGUAUUGGAGAAGCGACAUGUCAAGUAUUUGGACACGAUUAUGGUAAAUCUUUAGAGCUACACGGCGAGAGGAGCGUUCUCAUGGGAAGCAGAUGGUGACAACAGAAAAGCAAACAUGACCAACUACCAGGUCUACGAGUAUCUGGGCACUCUCAACGUGGAGGCAACGCUGUCCAUUCGACGUAUCAAGAGACUUCACUGCCGGGGGAGGACCACAGAAAAAGCGAAACAAGUACUGGCAGCAAAACAUGGAAAUACGCGGAUGGAGGGAACGAUUGGAAUUUCACGCUUGGGCGCCACUUUGGGUGUGUAUUCAGGGAGCACGCCCUGGGCAUUGCAGAUGCAAGCAGUUUGCGCACGCUGCAUUUUUGAACGGACAGUUUCGCGCAUGGCAUGUGAACGAUGGCAGAGAUUGGCUGCUAUCCAAAGAGUGUUCGGAGGAUGAAGAAUGUGCGAUCCUCUGACAUUCUCAUUAUCCGAUCAGGUUCUCGAAUACUGCGAUGGAUAAUGAAGGAGGACCAGGGCAGAAUGUAGGAGGAGGCCGAAAACUUGAUGGACAACCAUUCGUCUACAACGUGGGCAUAUUCAAGGAGCAGAAGGGGGUGGGAUGCGGAAGGUGUUUUGCAAGUUCUCGAGCAUUGGCAACGCACCAGCAGCAAGCGCACACAUGCUGAUCAGUCUUGGCAAUAUUAACAAUAUCGAACCAAUGCCCCUGGUGCAGAGCAGUAUUCGCAUGCAGGCAAGUAGCAAAACACCAGUGCAUGGCAGCAGCCGGAGAAAACU